AGCUGUUAACAAUUCAAAGGCAUUGAGGUCUCAUUCCCGCCCGUGACCGGCUGCUGGCGCAAAGCCAAAAUGCUGCUUCCAAACCCAACAAACGACCAGACGAUGACACAACCGCUGUCACUUGCUUCUGACAGCCCCUCUAGCUACUAGUAACACCCGUGCAGCUAUCUAGCGGCUAUCUAGCUUGUACAAGAAUGUCUGGCAAUAAAGCGGUCCGGUUGGACGGCAGCCAACCUAUGCAGGGCACGAACCUGGCGCUCCAAGCGUUCAUCUUGGUCGUGUCCAUCAUUCUGGCAAUGGCCUGUGGUUGGUGCCUACGAUCUUGUCUUCCCAGAGGUAGCAGCAGCUUAUUGCGAGAGGCUCUACAAAGGGCAACGGAAACGGAAGAACGGCGAAAGCGAUUUGUCGAUGAACACUUGGAGUCCUUUGAAUGGCGGGGAGAAGAAGAGGCUGCUAUAAAAAUGGCAACGAAACAACAAGAACAGAACCAAAAGAAAAUGGACAAGAAAGCAACCACCCAACAUGACAAAGAAACCAACCUUGAUGUCAGUCUCGGCUGUGAUGGAGUGGAAGAAGAAGAAGAGAGACAACAAGAUCACUCACAGAGUCACAGUCACAGCGACAGUACAUGUAGUAGCGCCAACCCUGACGAUCAGGAUUGCCCAGUCUGCUUGGCACCGCUGCAGAAGGGGGACGAUGUCGCAGCAUCCGACAACGACAAAUGCCCUCAUAUCUUUCACAGGGAGUGUGUCUACAUGUGGCUACUCCGGAAAACAGACUGCCCCAUGUGCCGACAUACAUUCUUAAAAGGGCCAGAAGAAGAAGAAGAAGAUGUAGAGCAGCAACAAUCGACCAGCAAUAAUACCGAGCAAAAUUCAUCGCAACAAAACCAACAAACAACGGUGCCACCACCAGAUAGUCUGUCCAACAGGAAUGCAGUUGUUCACGAAUCAUCAGAAGAAGUUCUAGCGUGAAUGAUCAAGUCAAUCCCAAUUUUUUUCAGCUUCUUUCUUGUAAAUGACAUUACAUUUUCGUAGCCUGUCAGUAGACUACGCAUAAGUUUAUGCAUAAGUUAUUAUUGCGC